AGGAGAUGUUUCACAGAUUAAACCAACCAGGAGGACAGGCGGUCGUGGUCACGUGCGGGUGACGUAUUUCAGGUGGCUGACUGAAGGAAGGUCUUCUGCUUUAUGUUGUGGGUGCGGCUGCGCUUUACACACUUUGAAACGGACUCUGAGUAAGUUGGGAUAAGAAGAAGGGGACACACCAUUUCAUUGAAACCAGGGUUACAGCUGUUUUAUAGAAACGUCAAGACAAACAUCGACAAUGAGAGCUUUUGCUGAAUUUGUAUGCCUGGUGGCGUGCAUAUUUGCUGUGCCUGCGAUGGCAUCUGAAAAAGGGAGCAAUAAAAGUGGCAGAGGAUUCAUUGGCAGACCAGCCAAAGAAAACAUAGGAAGCUAUGAGGUGGAUGACUUUGCCCAGUAUACUCUUACCAGCAAGUUGACCACAGUCUUCUUCCCAAUAGUCUACAUUAUCGUGUUUGUUAUCAGCUUGCCCGCCAAUGGGAUGGCUCUUUGGGUCUUCCUCUUCAGGACCAAAAAGAGACACCCGGCUUCUAUUUACAUGGCAAACCUGGCCCUGGCAGAUCUCUUGUUUGUCAUUUGGAUCCCUUUGAAGAUCGCCUACCACAUCAAUGGGAACAACUGGAUUUAUGGAGAAGGUCUCUGCAAAGUGAUGUUGGGCUUCUUCUAUGGAAACAUGUACUGUUCCAUUCUGUUCAUGACGUGCAUCAGUGUCCAGAGGUACUGGGUCAUUGUCAACCCAAUGUCCCACCACAGAAAGAACACGCAGAUUGCAGUGGGCGUCUGCAUUGCCAUCUGGAUUCUCAUUGCACUGAGCACCAUUCCUCUGUACGUUUCAAACCAAACUCUCAAUAUUACAUCCCUCAAAAUAACCACCUGCCACGAUGUCCUGCCCGAAGAGGACUUGGCGUACAACAUGUUUGGUUAUUUUGUUUCCAUGGCUAUUGGUGCUUUUCUCUUCCCAGCUGUGCUGACUGUAACGGCUUACGUUUUAAUGAUCAAGACCCUGACGGCAUCAAUAACUGACGAGAACAUUGGCAAGAAGCGCAGGAAGGCGAUCAUGCUGAUCAUCACAGUUCUGGUCAUGUAUUUGGUGUGUUUCACCCCCAGCAACAUCAUGCUGGUUGUGCACUACUCUGUUCUCCGAGGGAGUGGUAUCGAUAAGGCCUAUGCAUUCUACGUCACUGCACUCUGUCUUGCUAGCUUGAACAGCUGCAUUGACCCGUUUAUCUAUUACUUUGUUUCACAAGAUUUCAGAGACCAUGUGAAAAAUACCUGUCUCUGCAGGAGCAACCGGACCGUGGAAAGGCUGCGAGUGUCCUUCAGCUCAAUGAAAUAUUCCAAGAGGACCAAUACUUACAAUUCAAGUUCAAAUGCAACUGGGACUUCUAACUGUUGAGAAGACAGAUUUCUACUUGGGAUUGUAUGUGGGAUUGUACAUCAUUUUAGAAAGAGCCAGAUUCCUCACAGGAUAACAGGAUUAUGAAACUGACUUUUGUUUAAUAAUGCUGUUUUAUCUAGGUUAAAGUGCGAUUAUGCAAUAUUACAGUAAAUGUGACCUUCUUAAACUGUGAAUUGUUAAUAUGUUGACUUGUAUAUUAAGAGGUUAUUAAACCUUUCAUGCAUGAAAUCUUGAAAUAGCGAGAAAUGUAGUUUUGUUUGUUUUAUGUGUGAUGGGGGGGGGGGGGGGGGGGAUCAUUAUGUGAGGUUGUCAUGCAUGUGUCUCCCUUAUGUGCCCAUAUUAAUUGUUUUUAUUUAUUUUAAAUCCGUCCCCAUUUUGAGGUUGCCAAAUAUGAAAGGGUUAAAGCAUAAACCAAACUCAAAUGUCCUGAUAUGCACUGGCCAUGACCAUUUCUAUGCUUUUACCUUCUCUCAUUUUUGUUAUAUUAGUAAUUUUUAAAAAUGUUUGUUUCAUUAAGCAUUUUGUGUACUUACUUUUUUUUUUUAGGCAGUGAUACUGAGUUGUUUUUUUUUAACUUUUUUUAUAUAUAUUAAACAGAUUAUACAACCUUUCA